CGCAUGUCAUUUUUUUUUUCAGUACAAAAUAUAAAAACUACUACUCGACAGCAACCACGGGACGAUUUCAUCAUCGUGUGUGCACAUGCAGCGAAGUCCCAGCUACCUGGCGCGUGCAUUCAUUCAUGUGUGGAUAGACACCUCCUGAACUCCACCGGGAGAGAGACCGGAUCGACCUCGCGCUUUCUCCGUCCAAUCGACCAUGCCGACGGCGUCGCCAGCCCACGCGGUGUUCUUCCCGUACCCGGUGCAGGGCCACGUCGCGUCGGCGCUGCACCUGGCCAAGCUCCUCCACGCCAGGGGCGGCGUCCGCGUCACCUUCGUCCACUCCGAGCGCAACCGCCGCCGCGUGAUCCGCUCCCACGGCGAGGGCGCGCUCGCCGCCGGCGCCCCGGGGUUCUGCUUCGCCGCCGUCCCCGACGGCCUGCCGUCGGAUGACGACGACGACGGCCCGUCCGACCCCCGCGAUCUGCUCUUCUCCAUCGGGGCCUGCGUCCCGCACUUGAAGAAGAUCCUCGACGAGGCCGCCGCCUCGGGGGCACCGGCCACCUGCGUCGUCUCCGACGUCGACCACGUCCUGCUCGCUGCCAGGGAGAUGGGCCUCCCGGCCGUCGCGUUCUGGACGACGUCCGCUUGCGGGCUCAUGGCGUUCCUCCAAUGCAAGGAACUCAUCGACAGAGGCAUCAUUCCACUCAAAGACGCUGAGAAGCUGAGCAAUGGCUACCUCGACAGCACGGUGGUCGACUGGGUGCCGGGGAUGCCGGCGGACAUGCGCCUGCGCGACUUCUUCUCCUUCGUCCGAACCACGGACACCGACGACCCCGUGCUGGCCUUCGUCGUGUCCACCAUGGAGUGCCUGCGCACCGCCACGUCCGCCGUCAUCCUCAACACGUUCGACGCGCUGGAGGGCGAGGUCGUCGCCGCCAUGUCGCGCAUCCUGCCGCCCAUCUACACGGUCGGCCCGCUCCCUCAGCUCACCGCCGCAUCACACGUCGUCGCUUCCGGCGCCGACCCGCCAGACACGCCGGCCCUGAGCGCCGCCAGCCUCUGCCCGGAGGACGGUGGGUGCCUCGAGUGGCUCGGCCGCAAGCGCCCGUGCUCCGUCCUGUACGUCAACUUCGGCAGCAUCGUGUACUUGACGAGCACACAGCUCGUGGAGCUAGCAUGGGGGCUGGCCGACAGCGGCCACGACUUCCUGUGGGUGAUCAGAGACGACCAAGCUAAGGUCACCGGCGGCGACGGCCCCACCGGCGUGCUACCAGCCGAGUUCGUGGAGAAGACGAAGGGGAAGGGUUACUUGACGAGCUGGUGCCCGCAGGAGGCGGUGCUCCGGCACGACGCCAUCGGCGCGUUCCUGACGCACUGCGGGUGGAACUCGGUACUCGAGGGCAUCUCCAAUGGCGUACCCAUGCUGUGCUACCCGAUGGCCGCCGAUCAGCAGACAAACUGCCGGUACGCUUGCACGGAGUGGCGCGUCGGUGUGGAGGUCGGCGACGACAUCGAGAGGGAAGAGGUGGCGAGGAUGGUGAGGGAGGUGAUGGAAGAGGAGAUCAAAGGCAAGGAGGUGAGGCAGCGUGCCACGGAAUGGAAGGAAAGGGCAGCCAUGGCUGUGGUGCCUAGUGGAACCUCAUGGGUCAACUUAGAUAGGAUGGUUAAUGAGGUCUUUUCUCCCGGUAACAAUAUGUAAAAUGUCGAGAUUUGCUGUUGUUUCUAAAUGCUUUCCAUGUCAUAUAAAUUUAAAUAAGGACGAUAUGUGUAGGGGGCACAUAAUAUGCGCUCAGUCGUGCGGGGGCACGCCCCACGCGGUUUCCUCCUCUAGUCUCUUAUGUAUAUAUUUAUAUAUGUAUGUAUACGUUUUUUUUACAAUAUCGAUAUGAUACAAAGUUUAUUUA